AUGGGCAGCCACCUCGACGAGGUGAAGCGGAUGGUGGCCGAGUACCGCCAGCCCUUGGUGAAGAUCGAGGGCGCCAGCCUCCGCAUCGCGCAGGUGGCCGCCGUGGCCGCCGGCGCUGGCGAGGCCCGCGUCGAGCUCGACGAGUCCGCCCGUGGCCGGGUCAAGGCCAGCAGCGACUGGGUCAUGAACAGCAUGAUGAACGGCACCGACAGCUACGGCGUCACCACCGGCUUCGGCGCCACGUCCCACAGGAGGACCAAGGAGGGCGGCGCUCUCCAGAGGGAGCUCAUCCGGUUCCUCAACGCUGGCGCAUUCGGCACCGGCACCGACGGCCACGUCCUGCCGGCCGAAGCCACGAGGGCGGCCAUGCUCGUCCGCAUCAACACCCUGCUCCAGGGGUACUCCGGCAUCCGCUUCGAGAUCCUGGAGGCGAUCGUCAAGCUGCUCAAUGCCAACGUCACGCCGUGCCUGCCGCUCCGCGGCACGGUCACCGCGUCCGGCGACCUCGUGCCGCUCUCCUACAUUGCCGGCCUCGUCACCGGGCGCGAGAACUCUGUUGCAGUCGCCCCGGAUGGCAGCAAGGUGAACGCCGCAGAGGCGUUCAAGAUUGCCGGCAUCCAGGGCGGCUUCUUCGAGCUGCAGCCCAAGGAGGGUCUUGCGAUGGUGAACGGCACGGCCGUGGGCUCUGGCCUUGCCUCCACCGUGCUCUUUGAGGCGAACAUCCUAGCCAUCCUUGCCGAGGUCCUGUCCGCCGUGUUCUGCGAGGUCAUGAACGGCAAGCCGGAGUACACCGACCACCUGACCCACAAGCUGAAGCACCACCCGGGACAGAUCGAGGCGGCUGCCAUCAUGGAGCACAUCUUGGAGGAAGCUCCUACAUGA